UUAAAAAUGAACUGUUUUCAGGUGACAUUUGCAGCAUGAAGUGAUGAAUAUGAAAGGAACGUGCACAGAGCUCUGGACCUUGUUAGACAAGCACCACAUGGACAUCCACACCUUGAUGGAUUUCUACUCGAUGGUGGCGGGAGAUUAAUUUAGCACGUGCACUGGGAUUAGGUGACAUGGCGACGGUUUCUGUCCACGCUGCACUCAUGCUUUUCAAAGUCCUGCUGUUCAUUCUCCUGCAAACACACAGCGUGUUGAUGCCAGACCCCUCGAUCACCUCCGAAGUGAACCCUGGAGGUCUGCAAGACUCUUUGAAGGAGCGCUACAGCGGGGCGUUUGUCUCCAUGACCUCUGCGGAUUUACUGCCAAUUGUACCAAAGGAUUCAAAGUCCAGACCAAAGCGCUGCACCUGUUAUUCCUACAGGGAUAAAGAGUGUGUUUACUACUGUCACCUGGACAUCAUCUGGAUCAACACGCCAGAACGCACGGUGCCCUACGGCAUGUCAAACUACCAGGGACAUGAGCGGUCCAGACGUGCAGUUGGUGGGAAAUCCUCUGGUGCUGAGGGGGCAAAGAAUCAGCGCUGCGUGUGUGCCAAGCCCGAGGCAGAUCCUAAGUGCCACAGCUUCUGUCUGUCAAGUCCUCUGCAGAGUGCACCAAAGAGGAACGUCCAAAGAGUGAGCGGUCUUGGAUGACACCUUGAGGCAGCUUCGUUUUUUU